CAAAGAGACCAAAAAAGACGGUACUUUCACAAUCGACUGCGUACCAUGUAGCUGGAUACGAUCCGACCAUGAAAAGGGACACAUGUUGGCGAAAUUUGCAUCACCACCAUACGGAAACAAAACAGCUAAUAAAUUAUUAGAAUCAUUGAUAAAAUCACAAAGCCCUGCUUUGCCGAAUUGGCCAGAAUAUGUCGUAGAACUUGUUGGUCAUGCAGACACAUAUGAGAAAUCUAUUGAAAGACUAGGCAUUUUGCAAAGCGAUGAAUUUGCUUAUACAACAGAUUCUGACAACACAGGACAAGAAAAGGCAUCUCAAAUAACUGAAAAAAUAAAGAAACAGAGCUUAAAAAAAAUCAUGGAAGUGCCAAGACUUGAGAGCGAUGAUUCAGAGGAAAACGAUACGAGGCAAGAUGAUGACGCGUGCAAUGGAAUCCGCGCGCCGAUGUGACGUGCCGCGCUAGAUAAAUUAAUUGUUUUCCUCAAAUAAUAAUAAUUUCUCCAUCAAUUAAAAAUACGUUAUG